AUGGCGCAGCAUGUAAGGGGCUGUCCAGAGGACGAAGGAACAAGCAUUGGUUUGCUGGCACUUUGCAGCGUCGUAAUAAACCAGCAUUUCCUCAAGUUCCGCGCCAUGGCCUCCGGAAUCAGCAAUGCCGGUUUCACAAUUGGCGGACUCAUAUUUCCGCCCUUAGUACAAGAGCUCUUCGACAGAUUCGGAGUCAGAGGCAUGUUCUUGCUGUGCGGGGCGCUCAUGCUCAACUCAACGGCCGGCGCUUUCUUGCAACGCUCUCCUCCUUUACCCAUCCUGCAGACUGUGAAGGACAAGAGCGAGACAUUGCGCAACCACCAAGAGACGGAAAAAAUGCUUCAGCCCUGUCCUCCAGAAGUUAAGCUGAGUUCAUCCGACGUUCAAGAGCAGAGCCAGAAUGGUGAACCAGGGGUCAAAGAAGAAACCAUAAUCGCCCAGAAAGUGUCGCGAAACAUCAGUCGCACGAAUGAUCCAGAAUGCAAGCUAAUCCCAGCCGAUCAAGACGACGAAGAUAUCAGCUGUCGCGUCCUGGUACAAAGUGAACUGGUGUCUUCGAAGAAAGAGCUCAAAAUACAGGCCGUCGGCAUUAGAAAUUCGCAGUCUUUUUCACUAAAGCCCAAGAGGAAACAUUUGCUGUCGUUUCUGAUUCUGCCCAGGUUUUACCUGAUUGCCUUUUCCUUGUCCCAGAUCCUCAACAACAUGACCACUUUCAUGACGGUCAUCGUGGACUUUGCUCUGGACAGGGACGUUUCCAAGUGGCACGCUGUUCUCCUCGUUUCGUAUUACACCGUAAUGGACCUGGUGGCCAGACUGGGGUCUGGCUGGAUAACGGACAAGGGAUACUUGAAGAGGAGUACCAUGAUGGCCGUCCACCUGACGAUGUGGGGAGUAUCCUUAUACCUGAUGCCGGUCUGCAGGCCUUACUACUGUCAAGCGCUGCUCUCUAUGGUGUGCGGAUGGUGCAACGGUUCGACGCUCAUCCUUAUCGCCGUGUUCUUUGUGGAACUUGUGGGCAUCGAAAAGUUGGGUGUGUGUUUUGGGAUUGCCACGUUCCUGGCUGGACUGCUGGGACUCCUCAGACCUACGCUCAUAGGUUACUACAGAGACAGCCAUGGCGACUACGAAGGACUGUUUACCCUGCUGGGAGGACUCACAUUGGCAAUGGCCAUACUUUGGUAUUGGGUUCUCGCAAGGGAAAGGUGCGAGGUGCUGAAGAAAGCCAAACGUUCCAAGACUCAGCAUCUGCCUCAAGCCGACAUCACCGCCUCAGACGACAAAGGACAGCGGUUAUAGCAGACGAUUUCCGCCAUUAGCUACAUUCCAUAUUAGGCCAUAGGGUGACAAUACCCUCUGGUAACCAAUUUUCAGCCACUACCAAACAGAACUUUGUCGAAAUGAGAUCAGUGUCUGCCAAACCGCGAUACGGCCUUAGGGCGCCGCCAUCUUGCUUCUGGGUGUGUGCAGAUCGCCUGAUAGUCAAGCCUUGCUGGAUGGAUGAAUGUUAACGGCUGUACCCCUUAUAACGGGCGGCCUUGCGCCACUUUGCCUAAAGAAUACACUGAAA